GGAGGCGCUACAAUGUAACUGACGGAUGCGGCCGCCCGGUUACAAUGUAAUUGACUGCCGCAGCGGGGUUCGCUCCAGCUCCGCGGGCUGCCCCCGACGGGGAACAUGGAGCAAAUGGGCAGCUCCGUUUCCAAGUGGGACAUCCGAAACAAAAUCUGGGAUUACAUGGAAACAAAUAACCUUGCUGAUUUUCCAAGACCAGUCCAACAUCGGAUUCCCAAUUUCAAGGGAUCUCUCCAAACAGGCAUGUCCAUCAAAACCUGGGAGGUGUUUGAUCAAGCCAGGGAGGUGAAAGUGGAUCCAGACAAACCUCUCGAGGGGAUCCGUCUAUCUGUGCUGCAGGCUAGGAAAACGCUCCUGGUGCCCACCCCUCGUCUGCGUACUGGGCUGUUCAACAGAAUUGUCCCUCCUCCUGGAGCAACUAAGGAGACAUUAAGAAAAUGUGCCACCUCCCAAGGUGUCAGAGAUUAUAGUGCCCCCGUAGGGCUAGAUGCCAAAGUCCACGUGGACCUGAUUGUGGUAGGAUCGGUGGCUGUUUCUGAGAAAGGCUGGCGGAUCGGGAAAGGAGAAGGCUUUGCGGACAUGGAAUAUGCCAUGAUGGUUUCUAUGGGAGCCAUAGGACAGGAUACAGUGGUUGUCACGGCCGUCCAUGACUGUCAGGUAGUGGAUAUCCAAGAACAACUUCUGGAUGACCAUGAUCUAACUGUAGAUUAUAUCCUUACCCCAACAAGAAUAAUCAGGACAGAAUGCAAGCAGCCAAAGCCUUGGGGAAUCAUGUGGUAUAAGAUCAGUCACGAAACUCUGAAGAAAAUCCCAGUCCUCAAGAGUCUUCACUGCAAAGAGAAACGAGAAGGCAAAGAUGUUUGCCUCCAAGGCGAACGGCCUGAUGCUUCGCUCGCUGGGAAGUCGCCAAGGGGAGCCCGUGACAAAUUUCCGGGAAGCAUUAAGUCACAGGGUGAGACCAGCUUGGCCCAACCAAGGCCAGAAGAGGGGGAUUUAUCAGAUGCAAAAGGCCACCUCAAGGGUCCUGCCACUGUCUACGUGGGCAGCAUUCCCCUAGGAACCAGAGUGAGUGAAUUAAAGGAUGCCCUAAGAAAGCACCACGUGACUCCUGCAAGGCUCACCUGGCACGGCGCACAACGCCAAGCGUUCCUCGGCUACAGUGAUCAAUCCAAGGCUGAAGAGGCUCUUGCAGCACUGCAAGGCUUAGCUCUCCAAGGGGGCUCCCUGCGUGUUGAACUGGCCAGGAGCCAGCAUGGCAAAGUGGCUCCUAGGCCCCGUUAAUGGAGAGGACCUGCCGAAACAAAUUUCAGUUUGAUGGUGGAGUGGCAGCCAUCUGAGAGCUUGCCCCUUUGCUGAGAUGUCCCGCUUAAGAUGAGGAAGUGGCACAUCCUCACUGUUUGGUUAUUUAUAUGAAAAUGGUUCUCUUGGCCUGUUUCACACCAUUCAGGGAAGGGGCGAUGUUGAAGCUGUAGAGUGGAUUAAGGCAACUUCUGUACUCUUCUGGAUACAGUUGGAUUAAGACUCACAGCUUCCUUCACGACUGGUCACGUUUGCUGAGGAUGGACAUUCAGCAAAAUUGAAGGGCUGUAAUUUGUAUAUGCCCCUCCCCCCCCACACACACACACCACAAAGCAACACUGAUUCAGUGUUUUGUUAUCUGUGUCCAUAGAAGAGGAGGGAAGAUACCAGACUUGGUCUUUGUGGCAAGACCUGGAGAUGGUAAAAUGGUCCUUUGGGUUGCAGAAGGACAGGCCCUAUUUGGCAUGUGGCUGUUCUGUCCUUGCUUCCUUUGCAUAGGACAACUUUGAGAAAUGCCCAUCCUCUGCUCCACUGCAAUUUGUUACGGCGCCCCUCCUCGGAUCCUUAUUGUAUAAUCUCUAUAAAGCGAGUCAUAAUGAGUUGGUAUUUACCAAGCAAACAUUUCUUUGAAAAACAAGUCAUGUCAGACUUCGCUAACCACAGAAUUGUUUGGAAAAUCAGAAGGAAAAGCAAGUGUUACAAAGGAUUCUUCUUCUCCAGGUAGACAUAAUUCUAGCCUUCUUCAACCUGGUGCCCUCCAGGUAGUUAGGUCUAGUCUCACAGUUUGCUCCUGGAUGGCACCUGAGUUGGAGUGGGCUGUUUAAUACUCUGUUGAAGUGUUUCUCAACCUUGGCAAGUUUAAGAUGGGUGGACUUCAACACCCAGAAUUCCCCAGCCAGCCAAGCUGGCUGGGGAAUUCUGGGCGUUGAAGUCCACCCAUCUUAAACUUGCCAAGGUUGAGAAACACUGCUCUAUUAUCAUCUUGACUGAUGAAUUUCAAGCCUCAGUAAUUAUUUUCUCUACAGGGAAUUGUUGACAGAAAGAGUAAAUUUAGAAAGUACUCACAAUUGCCUAGGCAAAACAAAAACAAAGCAUUCUUUAGAGUGCAAGUGUGUGUGUGUGUGUGUGUUUCUUUGCUUUGUUUGAACAAAAAGUUGAAUUUGGCUGGACUUCUUUCUCAACAGAAGCACUUUUGCAGCUGAUCUCAGGCAAGAAGUCAAAAUAAGCAAUGAAAUGUUUCUUUACUUAAAAAAUUCGAGAGUUGGAAAUCUUUUUCGUACCUCCAGGGUGUGCUACUAAGUAUAUUUUAAGUAUAUUAUUAUGCCUCAAGAGAGGGCGGGCCUUUCACAAAGCAUUAACAUAAACCUUCCCAAGGUUGGAGAGCGUUACAGCUUAAAAAAAGAGAAAAAGAAAACUUGCAGAACGCGCUGCUGUAUUCUUUCCUCAGCUUAUUCCUUUCCUUUGCUCACCGAACGAAAGCCGAAGUUUGAUGCAAUAACAGUAGCAUUCUGCAAGGGUUCGAGAGCCAUUGACACAAUGGGAAAAACAGUGAAAUGUAUUCUUCCUUCCCCACUGUCUCCACCCCACUGUGAACAACCUUUCUCCAGGGCUGAAAUAUUUUGGCAAAUUUCAAAGAAUUGUGCACUGAUUUUUCCACUAUCAAGGGGUCAUAUCACUGGAUGUACCCAGAUGGAAGGGACUCCUAGGAAUUAAAAUGCUAUAAGAGGUUGAAAAUCAGAACAUUUUUAGGGGGAAAAUAAGAUUGGCUUGCAGGCGAGUGUUCAGAGGAGUUAGUGAAAGUCACAAUUCCCAGACGGUAGAAGCUUAAAGUCCCAGUUUCAACCCUCACAUUUUUUUCUGAUGAAGUGGUACAUUUCCUGUUGCAUAGCAAAUUAAAAUGGUCUCUUAAGUGCAGGUUGGGUUUUCAUUUGAGUAGGUAGUACAUAAAUAUGCAGUAAAAGUACUUAAACAGCUAA